UUUAUUUAAGUUGUAGGCCUAAGUAAUACUAAGUAAUGUAAGUACUUAGAUCUACUUAGAUCUAUCUUUUCAGUCUUCAGUAAUCAUAGUAUUUUAAAAAAGAUUGUUGUUUAUGAAAGUUGCUGCCUUCUAGAACAGUGAGUGAAAUAAUGGAUUAUAAAUUUGAAACACUAAAGAUCACCAGUCCAGGAGAUUUUAUUAAACAUGUGGAACUAAAUCGUCCAGAAAAAUUAAAUGCUAUGAACACAGCUUUUUGGAAAGAAAUCACUGAGUGUUUUAACCAACUGGCUGUAGACAAGGAUUGCCGAGUUGUCGUUUUAUCUGGUGCUGGAAGGAUGUUCACAGCAGGUUUAGACCUAAAGGAAAAUGAAAUUUUUACAAAUGUAAUGGCAUUAAAUGAUCCUGGGAGGAAAGCUUUUGCUGUUUUUCAAUCCCUUCCAAGAAUACAGGAUUCAUUUAAUGCUAUAGAAAAGUGCCCCAAACCAGUGAUUGCUGCCGUGCACAAUGCAUGUAUUGGUGGAGGUGUGGACAUGACAUCUGCUUGUGACAUACGUUACUGCACACAAGAUGCAUGGUUUCAGAUUAAGGAAAUUGAUAUUGGUCUGGCUGCUGAUGUAGGAACUCUUCAAAGGAUGCCAAAAGUUAUUGGAAACGACAGCCUGUUCAGAGAGCUGGCGUACACAGGCAGAAAGUUUCUUGCUGAUGAGGCAAAAUCUAUGGGUUUUGUCAGCCGAAUCCUUCCAGAUAAAGAUACAUUGAUAAAAGCCGCUGUUGAGCUUGCCAAAGUAAUAGCAUCUAAAAGUCCUAUUGGGGUUCAGGGGUCAAAGGUCAACAUAGUGUACUCAAGGGAUCAUGGAGUGUAUCAAGGAUUGAAUUAUAUGAAUAUCUGGAAUUCUGCUAUGGUUCAGUCAGAAGAUGUCUCAAUAGCUAUUGCAGCUGCAUUACAAAAAACGGCUCCAGUCUUUUCCAAACUUUGAUACUUAUGGCAUAAAUCUCUAUCGUUCAAAUAUUUUUAUCACUAAAACUCAUGUUGGAAUUUCUUUAAAAAAUUUUAUAUUGUUAAUACGGAUUUUAAAAUCUUAUUAAUGUACUGUUAUAAGUUUUAAGAUUGUGUGAGAUAUGUAACAUCUGGGGGAACAUUGAUUGUAAUUAAAGAAAUUUAAUUUUAAUAAGUUGUUGAUAAAUUCAAAUUCAUGAAUAUUUAAAUGAAAGAAAUCAAACAUAGCUGGGUCUCAAGUCAGGGGACGUAAGAGUGGCUGGGCAAAGUGCCAACUACAAUAUCCUUUCAUGUGCAAUGUCAGAAAAACUUAGGAAAUGUACUUUAUCUCCUCCAUGGACUGUUUUGUCUGAAAAGAUGUUUUUUACUUAUUAAAUAGUUGUAUAUAUAUAUAUGAUAAAUAUAGCAAAGGUAUUAUAUGUUAUAUUUCUGUGUUUGAUCAAUGUUGAUGCAAUAAAUGGAUCAGUAUAAAAUUUUGUUUUAAAUGUGGGAAUCUUGUAUGUUGUGUAAGUCUUUGCGUGUCUGAAAGUCAAAACCUUUGCUUUGAAUGUAAAUAAGAACAUAGUUUUAACAUUAAGUAUUAACCCCAUUUAUUUGAAAAAAAUCUUUGAUUUGCUGUCAGUUUUUAUUAGUAUAUUUAAAUGAAA